CUCAUUACUUUUACCAAAGCAAAUGUGAAUUAAUUAAUUAUGAAGAAGUCUUUCUGAGAACUGCUUAAGGAAAAUGUCUCCUGCCUCCUGUUUGUUACCUGUGGGAGAUCCUGAGGAAGGCUCUGCACCCUUCCAUGGGUUCAGCUGCAAGUUCCUGUUGAAUUUCUAGAACAAACAAAGCUGGGCCUUCAGUUUAGACCCCACCUAAGGCAUUGCGCAUAGCGCAUGUGAUAGACGCCCAGGCACUCUACCCUGAACCAUUCCUCCAGCCCUGACACACCAGGCUUCUGGUUUGUGUUCCUUACUGCUGAAGCUGCUAAAAAGGCUGGCCUCCAAAUAACAUGUUUUUCAGUACGGUUGGGUGUCAUCCCACGAGAUGUGAUGAGUUUGACCAGAACGGCCCUGAUGGUUACUUGGCAGGAUUGCUGAGCCUUGCAGAGAAUAACAAGGGGAAAGUUGUAGCAGUGGGGGAGUGUGGACUUGAUUUUGACCGGCUGCAGUUUUGCCCCAAAGAGACCCAGCUCACAUAUUUCGAAAAACAAUUUGAACUGUCAGAACAAACACAAUUACCAAUGUUUCUUCAUUGUCGAAACUCACAUGCUGAGUUUUUGGACAUAAUGAGAAGAAACAGAGACCGGUGUGUGGGUGGAGUGGUGCAUUCAUUUGAUGGUACAAAGGAAGCAGCAGCUGCUUUGAUUGACUUGGACCUUUACAUAGGAUUUAAUGGUUGCUCACUGAAAACGGAAGCUAACUUGGAAGUUCUGAAGUCAAUACCUAGUGAAAAACUAAUGAUUGAAACAGAUGCACCUUGGUGUGGAGUUAAAAGUACACAUGCUGGAUCAAAAUACAUAAAAACUUCAUUUCCUACCAAAAAGAAAUGGGAAAACGGGUACUGUUUAAAAGAUAGGAACGAGCCCUGCCAUAUAAUUCAAAUAUUGGAGAUAAUGGCAGCAGUCAGAGAAGAAGAUCCGCUGGAAUUAGCCAACACGCUAUACAACAACACUAUUAAAAUAUUUUUUUCCUGACA